AUGGUAUCCCCAACCUACUGGAACGAGGUCCAAUCUCUUACUGGCAAGAUCGCCGCCCUAUCAAGGUUCAUCUCCAGGCUGACGGAUAACUGUACUCCUUUUUUCAAAUUGCUAAAAACCCAGCACGUCCAGGUAAUAUCCUGGACAACGGAACACGAGGCUGCUUUUCUUGGCCUGAAGGCAUACUUGUCAGAGGUACCUCUACUCUACAAACCGGUUCCAGGAGAAAUGCUCUACAUAUAUCUGGCGGUAUCAUCAACAGCUGUGAGCUCAGUUCUGAUUAGGAAGGACUCCGAUUGUGAGUACCCAGUGUACUAUGUUGGGAAAGGUUACACUGGUGCAGAAUCCACGUACCCGGACAUUGAAAAAGUGGCACUAGCUCUCCUGGUAUCAGCCCGGAAGCUCAGACAUUACUUCCAAGCACACUCAGUCACCGUUUACACUAAUCACCCAUUGAGGCUGGUUUUGCAGAAACCAGAGACAUCGGGUAGGUUAAUUAAAUGGGCGAUCGAGCUUGGGGAAUUCGAUAUCAAGUACCAGCCCUGGACAGCUAUUAAGGGCCAGGCAGCAGCAGAUUUUAUUUCCGAGUCAAUUCCCUCCCAUAACCCACCCCUGGAAUCACCUGAACCGCUAGCCCCAGAUCCACCUCCGCCAAGCACUUGGCGAUUAUACGUUGAUGGCGCGUCUAACAAGAAAACCAGUGGAGCCGGUAUCCUGCUAAUUAGCCCGGACGAUCAAGUAUACGAAUACGCCCUCAAAUUUGCCUUCAAAGCAUCCAACAAUGCCACAGAGUACGAGGCACUCAUAGCAGGUCUGCAGAUCGCCCGGGAACUGGGGGUACAACACCUUAGUAUCUUCAGUGAUUCUCAGUUAAUCGUAAAACAAGUCAGCGGUAACUUCGAGGCAAAGGAGCCCCAAAUGUCCUCAUACCAGGCCUUGGCCCGGGCAUUAGUUCAGAGGUUUACCUCUUACAUUUUUACCCAAAUACCGAGGGCCGAGAACGACAAAGCAGACGCCCUUGCAAAGCUCACAUCAACUUCUCCAAGCCCUACCUAUGGGGCCACUAAGGUCGAAAUACUCGCGGGACGUAGCACAUCUAAGACGGUGUUAGAAAUAUUUGCGGUGGAUCACGCAACUUCAUGGAUGGACCCAAUUUUGAAAUACACGGUCGACGGCCUAGCACCGGAUGAUAAGGUCGAGGCCAAAAGACUACAGCUAAGGUCAGCUCGAUACACGAUCAUGAAUGGCAAACUGUACAGAAGAGGGCAUUGCUUUCCAAAUCUGAAGUGUGUAACACCGGAGGAAGGUCACAAAAUAAUGAAGGACAUUCACGCUGGUGUAUGCGGUAACCAUGCCGGAGCCCGAUCCCUUGCACACAAGACCCUAAGGGCAGGAUAUUUCUGGCCAACUAUGUCGGCCCUGGCCCAAACAAUAUCCAGUUCGUGCCACAAAUGCCAAAUGUAUGCAAAUAUCCUAAGGGCACCGCCCAUCGCCCUUUCCAUCCUCCUUGCACCAUGGCCAUUCUGUCAGUGGGGUUUGGACUUGAUUGGUAAACUUCCCACAGCAGUGGGACAGUUCAAAUACGCCAUCGUUGCUGUGGACUACCAAACAAAGACCACGGCAACGGAGGCCACCGGAGAAACCCCUUUCUGCAUGGCUUUUGGAUCAGAAGCAGUACUACCUAUUGAAACACAAAUCCAGAGCCCCCGGAUCGAAUACUUCGAUGCGGGUACCAACUCAGAAGGCCUACACCUCGAUGCUGAUUUACUCGAGGAACGAAGAGAUGUGGCACACAUGCAUAACUUGGCAAACAAGCGGAGGAUAGCUCGUUACUACGAUGCCAAGGUACAGUCCCGGACAUUAAAGUUGGGGGAUUGGGUCAUGAAGCAAGUCUACCCAGAGCCCCGGGGACUGGAUCCAUCCUGGACAGGCCCUUACGAGAUCAUUGAAGAGGUAGGCCCUGCAACCUUUUUCAUCCGGGACAUGAACGGGGUCGUUUCCAGGCAUCCAUGGAAUACCCAGCGCCUGUGGUACUAUUACAAAUAG